GAUUACUGGGGGUGAGCGAGGGUGGGAGGCGAAGCCGCACCAGCCGACCCUGCCACGAUGCUGGUGAAGAAGCACGCGGGGAAAGGAGGGGGCCGGGAUCCCGGAUCCGAGGACCCGAGCCCUGCCGGGCAGCGUCGUGCCUGGACCGUGACCCCGUGCGCGGCCCUGGCGGCCCUCCUGUCUGUGGUGGCCUUGAUGUCUUGUCUCUACCUGGGGGUGAAAACCAACGACCUGCAGGCGAGGAUCGCUGCUCUCGAAUCCGCCAAAGGGGCCGCUUCCAUUCGUCUGCUGCCAGAUACCGUGGAUCAGCUCAAGGCCAUGGUGCAAGAGAAAGUGGAGCGACUUCUGGCUCAGAAAUCCUAUGAACAUGUGGCUAAAAUAAGAAUCGCAAGAGAAGCACCUUCAGAGUGUAACUGCCCAGCAGGCCCUCCGGGGAAACGAGGUAAGAGGGGCCGAAGAGGAGAAUCUGGUCCUCCUGGUCAGCCUGGUCCUCAGGGUCCUCCUGGUCCAAAAGGUGAUAAGGGAGAACAAGGGGAUCAGGGACCUCGGAUGGUGUUUCCUAAAAUCAAUCAUGGGUUUCUCUCUGCUGAUCAGCAGCUCAUUAAACGCCGCCUGAUUAAGGGUGACCAAGGCCAGGCAGGGCCUCCAGGACCCCCAGGCCCUCCAGGCCCAAGAGGGCCACCUGGGGACACAGGGAAGGAUGGCCCCCGUGGAACGCCAGGAGUGCCCGGUGAACCAGGGAAACCAGGAGAACAAGGCUUGACGGGACCUCUGGGGCCUCCAGGACAAAAGGGUUCUUUUGGAGCACCAGGAAUUCCAGGAAUGAAUGGGCAAAAGGGUGAACCCGGGCUACCAGGAGCAGUAGGACAGAAUGGACUACCGGGGCCAAAGGGAGAACCUGGAGAACAAGGAAAGAAGGGAGAUGCUGGAGAGAACGGCCCCAAAGGCGACACAGGCGAAAAGGGUGACCCUGGAUCAUCUGCUGCAGGAAUUAAGGGAGAACCUGGAGAAUCUGGUCGUCCAGGGCAAAAGGGUGAACCAGGGCUUCCUGGGCUUCCUGGACUUCCGGGGAUAAAGGGAGAACCAGGUUUCAUUGGUCCUCAAGGAGAACCAGGCUUACCAGGGUUACCAGGAACAAAAGGAGAACGUGGGGAGGCAGGGCCUCCUGGGAGAGGUGAGCGAGGGGAGCCUGGAGCCCCUGGACCAAAGGGGAAACAAGGUGAAUCAGGAGCUAGAGGCCCAAAGGGGUCAAAGGGUGACCGUGGAGACAAAGGGGACUCUGGAGCUCUGGGACCAAGGGGUCCACCUGGUCAAAAGGGGGAUCAAGGAGCCACCGAGAUCAUAGACUACAACGGCAACCUCCACGAAGCCUUACAGAGGAUUACCACCUUAACUGUCACGGGUCCCCCUGGACCUCCCGGACCUCAAGGACUACAAGGGCCAAAGGGAGAGCAAGGAUCUCCAGGAAUGCCAGGAGUUGAUGGCGAGCAGGGACUCAAAGGCUCAAAGGGAGACACGGGGGACCCAGGUACGCCAGGUGAAAAAGGAGGAAUUGGACUUCCUGGAUUACCGGGAGCCAACGGAAUGAAAGGAGAAAAAGGAGACUCCGGAAUGCCGGGCCCUCAGGGUCCUUCCAUCAUAGGCCCCCCAGGCCCACCAGGUCCCCACGGCCCACCCGGCCCCAUGGGACCCCACGGACUUCCUGGACCAAAGGGCACAGAUGGUCCCAUGGGACCCCAUGGCCCUGCAGGUCCCAAAGGAGAAAGAGGUGAAAAAGGAGCUACGGGAGAGCCCGGACCCAGAGGGCCCUACGGCCUGCCCGGGAAAGAUGGAGAGCCUGGUCUUGAUGGCUUCCCUGGUCCACGGGGUGAGAAGGGUGAUCUGGGAGAAAAGGGAGAAAAGGGAUUCCGUGGCGUUAAGGGGGAAAAAGGGGAGCCAGGCCAGCCUGGCCUGGAUGGGCUGGAUGCCCCAUGCCAAUUGGGGCCAGAUGGAUUACCCAUGCCUGGCUGUUGGCAAAAGUGAUGAAUCUAACCCUCCAAGCAUGAAGUUGUGUAUAUAAUGGUCCACGUUUUAUAUUUAUAGUUGAAAACUGAAUUGCAGAUUGUACAAGUCUGAGAUAUGUUUACAUAGGGCUGCUUCUUCCUGCUGGCCGUAGUACAUGUGUCCGUCCUUUCUCCACUUACAUCUGUGAAAGCAGCGAGAAGCCUGCAGAAACAUAGCUCAGUAUCUCUUGACCUUACGUGAAGAUACGUAUUUAUGUGGACACGUCAGUGACGGAGAAUGAUCAUACUUGCUAUUUUCUUACUUUGGGCUUGUUAACUGCAUGGACAAAAAGUGCCAUGAAAUAGUUUACAUGAAAUCGUGACCAAAUAUGGACUCAGAGCUAUGAAAAUGUACUAUACUGACCAACUUUAGCGUUGACUGUCACCUCCCCAUCCACCUUCCCUAGCAGCGUUGAUUCACGCCCACCCUGCCCGCUGAGACUGACUAAAACAGCAUGACCGUGUGCCAGCCUGCUCACUGUGCGGCUGCAGAUGCUCGCAUGCUCAUCCUGAGUCCCUUGAUUGCAUCUAAACUUGUGUUCCUUUUGUCGUCUCAAGGGGGUUACACCGUGGCUUAUUGCCAAAAAGAGAUAAGGUGUCGGAGAGCACACACACACUUUGUCUUGUAUUUUGAGGGAGUUGCAGUCCCGACCGCAGAUCUACGGCUUCCGGUAUUGUGGGCUCAGCUGCCACCUUGAUAGAAAUACCAAGGGGCGGAGCCUGUUGCUGCCGCCAGUUUUCCUCGGGCAGCCCUUGGCCGCGAAGACGCAGGAAGAGGACUGAUUCAGCAUCCAGCACUGUCUCUCGUGUGACCAAGUAGGAAAGAGGUUUACAAAUGCAAACACCCAGAACUGCAGACGUUUUUUAAAAAUAAACCGAAUUCCACCAAGUGUUAAUAUGGGUGCUUUGGGAAAAGGACAGAGGCGUACAGCACUUCUUUUGGAAGAGGAGGUUCUUGGGAUACCCCCUGUCGCUGAGGGAAGGGGUAUGUAUAUCCCACCCAAGCUCAGGGUGCUGAAGAAAUAACCUGCUCUGAGAAGGGGGCGGCCGAAGUAGCCUCUCCUGAAGCUGUCGGGGAGUCACUCGUACCGUCUCUGCCAAAGAUGAUGUAAGAGCUCUCCUCCCUUCUAGGACCCAACCCAUAUCAUUUUCUGCAAAGUUCUAGAAACAGAAAGAUAUUUCCAUUCAUUUUAAUCCUUUUUGGUGGUCCCAGAAAUAUGUAGAAAAUAUUUGUUUCAGUUUUUGUCACAUCCGUUUUGAACAAUUUAUUUUAAAUAAGUCUUCAAAUCAUACCGAUUUGGCUCCAACAGUCCAAAUGAACUUUUCCUGAUUUCUCUCUUGUUUUGGAUAAUUGAAGAGAACAUAAAAGAAUCUCUAUUUUCAGUUUUAUCAUUGUAAAGCAUGAAAGUUAAGCAUUUUUUUCAGUACUUUUUGACUGUUUUACAUGAUGAAUGUAACAUACAUAGAGAUUAUCAGUUAAUAUAAAGCGAAGAUUUUGUCACAUUUGAUAGUAUUAACUCAUUUCUAUUUCUUAUGGUUCUAAGUUUUGUCUAUAUUUAGAUUUCUUUCUCUCUCUCUUUUUUUUUUUACUUUUCUACAUGAUUGUCUUAUCCUUUAACCACUGACCAAAUCUGAGAUUUCAGAAAGCUGUGAAACAUAGUUGCCAUAAGGAGAGUAUGUUUAGGAGAGUAUGUUUUCAUCACUUGUGCAGAAGUUACCUAACUGUAUUAGACUGAGCAUUUCUUUGCGCAGUGAAGAGUUGGUAGCGUGUUUUGAAAUGGUUUGUUCUUAGAGGAAGGGUCACAUUCGGAGAAACAUUGUCAAGGAGGAGUAGUUACCUUUUCAGCCCAUUAGAGAAUUUAAUUUCUGUCUUGACUCAGUGCCAUUUUGUGGGAAGAUUUCUAGUGUCAUGCGUAGGUUUUCCCCACCAGAGGGGAAUUUAGCUCAUCAUUGGCUUCUGGUGACGGUGAUUAAGCCAUAAUUGUAAGGCAAGGACCCUAAGAUCCUCAUGAUCUCUUUCAUAUUAUGUAACCAAAGGAUCAUUCAUACAAAGUGGCAUCUUCCUUUUUCAUUCUGUUGAGUUUUCCAGGUUAGAUAGAUGUUUAAACUAUUAGAUCAGUCUAAUUGGUAACAUUUCUAGUAACAUUCCACACCUCUAAGCCAAUUUAGCAUUUUUAAAAUAAUGGAGAGCAUUUUCUAGCAAUUUCUUACAUGGCAUGAUAUUAGGACAAGGUAUUGCUCAACGUCUGAAAGAAUUUGUCUUAAAUGAUUUGUAAAAAUGAAAUGAAGGGGGUGAAACUACAUUCUCUUCAGAAAAACACUAAACUGUCUUGAGAAAAGUCUGGUGGCUAUAUUUCUUCCUUUCUUUCUUUCUGCUACUCUAGUAGAAAGAGGUAUUGAGAUGGGUCACUGUUUAAAACUCGCACAGCUUCAAAAGAGAAUACCUCGACAUCAAAAGAGAAUCACUUCACGUAUAAAAAAAAUUCUUUUUGAUCACAGCCCUUUAAAGAAUACCGUUCUGCCUUGUGUGUAUAUUGGGUUUUGCUCUAUAACUGAUUUGACAACACUCAUUUAUUUUAGGAUUAAAGAAAGUUAUAAAUUUCCAUUACAUUUAUUUCCUUGGGAAAAACAAAGGCAUGAUAGUCCUCUUUGUUCGGUGGAAUUUCUAGGUCUUGACUCCAUGGAUAAUCCUAAACUUUUGGCUACUAAAAUAUGUUCAAGCAUCUAUUUUGUCAUCAAGAUAGAGGAACCUCAGAUAAUUUCUAGAUGAACUAAUGAGUUAUGUUUGUUAAUAUAUGUUGGUAGAUAACAUAUAUUUUCCUUAAAGACUUCUUUCUUUUAAUUUAUACUAUUGGAUAGAGAGAGGAUUGUGAAAAAAUAUAUAAAACAUACAUUGGAAAUAAGGCAAGGUCAGGUUGUAUUUCUGAUAACACAUUUCUGAAGGAUGCCAAAUUAUUUUUGUGUUUUAGAUUUAAAAUUGCUUCCCAUUCAUGUUGGUUGGUGCUAAUGUAUUUCUUUUCUUUUUUAUUAUGGACAAUGCAACUACUAUGGAUAAUUUCAUUUCUCUAUUUAAUAGCAUUCCUAAAUCGUUAGUGUGUGGUUUUAUUUUUAAAGUUCUUGAAUUUGCUGUAAUUGUGGUUCAAUGACUAGCCUUUCUUACUGUAAAACAAAGCAAUGUGCCUGUAGAUGCCGCGUGUUUACUGGG